AUGUACUGCCAGAAGUGCCGCCAGCCGUUGAGGCUGGACAGCUCUCUUGACGACCUCAACCCGGCCGCUUAUGACCUUCUAGUUUUUACGAAAGCCUCUGCCCCACAACCGUCGAUUCUACAGGCCCAAGAGCAGUCACGAAGAUCACUCUACGACAAAGUAUCGCAGAAUGCUGGCCCUCCAACCUUUAAGCGAUACCGUGGCAGCCAGCCUCGAGAUUCUACAAUGUCGUUCAUUUAUCUUACCGAGUCGCAAGUUGGGCAUCCGCUGCCUCCUCAGCAGCAGCAAAAAGAACGAGCUGUAGUCCCCCGGUCCAGUACAAACGGAGCCCCCGAAGACGAGCCUCAGUCAAAUAAGAGAGACGAUAUAGAUAAAAUCAACCGGUUAUUUGAGAUUUUAUCCGCCAGAUCCGAUAUCGAUCAUCCCGUAUGUGUGGACUGUACCGAGUUACUUGUAGAAGGUCUGCAAAAGAAGCUCGACUCAGCAUCAAAAGAAAGAGACGCAUAUGUCCAACAUCUGAAAGAUAUUCAAAGUAAUCAGCCAAGUGAGGAAGAUGUCAAAGCUUGGAAGGAGGCCCUGAAAAAGGCAGAGAAAGAUAAAACCGCCGCUAUGGCAGAGUUGAAAAAGUUGGAGGCCGAGAAAGAUGCUCUGGACGAUGAGAUAUGGGCCUUGGAGGAAGAGUCGCAACAGUUAAAUAAAGAGGAAGAACAAUUCUGGAGGGAAAGAAAUGCCUUUGCUACCAAAAUGGCAGAAUUUCAGGCCGAACGUGACAGCAUCAACGCCAAGUAUAACAACGACUCACAGCUGCUCGAGAAGCUCCAACGAUCCAAUGUCUACAACGAUACAUUUUGCAUUAGCCAUGACGGAAGUUUCGCUACUAUCAAUGGCCUGCGCCUUGGAAGGCUAUCAAAUAAGCCUGUGGACUGGCCAGAAGUCAAUGCUGCUUGGGGCCAUGCUCUGCUCCUGCUCGUGACGGUUGCCGACAAACUCGGUUAUAAAUUCCAAGGCUAUGAUCCGCUGCCUUUGGGUAGCACUUCCAAAAUCAUACGAUAUGAAAUGCCCAACCCGGCAUCCAGCAGGCUAGGUGGGCGGCCGAUGAAUGCGCCACCCAAGAAACAAGUCCUAGAACUAUAUAGUUCAGGAGACAUGCCACUUGGACUCACGUUUAUGCACCGCAAGUUCGAUACUGCCAUGGUCGGAUUCCUCGAGCUAGUUCGCCAGCUGGGUGUCUUUGUUCAACAAGAAACAGAAUCAUCGGGCACGCCGUUAACCCUACCAUACAAAAUUGAGGGAGACAAGAUAGGAGAUACUAGCAUAAAGCUUGGUAUUGCGCAAGAUGAUGGGUGGACCAAAGCAUGCAAGCUCACACUUACGUGCUGUAAGUUUCUGCUAGCCCAUGCAAGCAAUGUGACCUCGAAUGCGAGAAAUGGGACUCAGUGA